CGCGGGAGUCGGCGGUGCGUCCCGUCGGCGCCAUGGGCGUCCAGGGUCUGUGGCGGCUGCUGGAGAGCGCGGGCCGGCCGGUCAGCCCCGGGGCGCUGGAGGGCAAGGUCCUGGCCGUGGAUAUCAGCAUCUGGUUGAACCAGGCUCUCAAAGGAGUCCGAGAUCGCCACGGGAACUCGGUAGAAAACGCUCAUCUCCUCACUUUGUUUCAUCGGCUCUGCAAGCUCUUGUUUUUCCGGAUCCGUCCUGUUUUUGUAUUUGAUGGGGACGCGCCACUGCUGAAAAAACAGACUUUGGCGAAGAGAAGGCACAGGAAAGACCUGGCAUCCGGCAACUCCAGGAAAACCACUGAGAAGCUCUUGAGGACAUUUUUGAAAAGACAGGCCCUCAAAACUGCCUUCAGAAGCAAAAGAAACGAAGCGCUCCCCAGUCUAACACAAGUGAAAAGAGAAGAUGACAUCUAUGUUUUGCCACCUUUACAAGAGGAAGAUAAACACAGUUCAGAAGAGGAAGAUGAAAAGCAAUGGCAAGAAAGAAUGGAUCAGAAACAAGUGCUACAGGAGGAGUUCUUCCGUAAUCCCAAUGCAAUAGACAUUGAAUCUGAGGACUUCAGCAGCCUGCCCCCGGAAGUAAAGCACGAAAUCUUGACUGAUAUGAAAGAAUUUACCAAGCGGAGAAGAACAUUAUUUGAGGCAAUGCCAGAGGAGUCAGAUGACUUUUCACAGUAUCAACUCAAAGGCUUGCUCAAAAAAAACUACCUAAACCAGCACAUAGAAAAUGUCCAGAGAGAAAUGAAUCAACAACACUCAGGACAAAUUCAGAGGCAAUACGAAGAUGCAGGGGGAUUCUUGGAGGAGGUAGAGUCCAGGAGAGUAGUCUCCGAAGACACCUCGCACUACAUCUUGAUAAAAGGUAUUCAAGCUAAGAAAGGUGUUGACAUGGAUCCUGAGUCUCUUCCGUCUUCCAGCAAAAUGCACGGCAUGGCUUUUGAGAAGUCGUCUCCCCGUGAAACUCCAAAGCCAGACAAAGAACCUGCUGGCGCCCCUCCUUCCCCGAGGACGUUGCUGGCCCUGCAGGCCGCCAUGCUGGGGAGCAGCUCCGAAGAGGAGCUGGAGGGUGGAGGUGGGGGUGGAGAGCCGGCUGCGGCGGCGGCCGAGGGGGGCUCCGUCUCCCCUCGCACCCUCUCUGCUAUUCAGAGAGCUCUUGAGGAGGACGACGACGAGGUGCUGCCGUGCGCUGGGGCAGACGCGCCCACAGAACUGCCGAGAAACAGGUCGAGCGGGGCUGGACCUGCAGCCAGGGGUGGAGAAGUUUUGCUUUCCCCUGUGUGCCUGGCAGCCGGCGUGAAUGUGGCGGAGGAGCGGGAGACCGGCACCAACAGUGAACAGGAGCAGAGGGGCACGGCUCCUGUGCUGACCACUAGCUUUCAUCCAAGGAAUGAUUCUGAUAUCCCCAAAGGGCAAACGUCACCUCCUCGUGUGGCGGAUGAGGCCGCUCAGACCAGCGGCGAGUCGGUGGUUAAGGACGCGACAGGUCCACGUCCUGUGGAAGGCACGGAGUCCCCACGCAGGGAUGCACUUGGCCUCUCGCCACCACCUCUCUUAAGCACAAGUCCUGAACCGCACAACAAAGAGUUUGAGCAACACAAAGAUCUUGGCCCGUCCGAGAGUAAAGACAGCCCCUCUUUUCUCUCAAGUGAUGACGAAAUGGAAGGUGGACGAAGUCCUGCUUCUGACGUCACUGGUACUGUCGCCUUGCAGGAAGCGAGGGAUACCGUCAGUGCCCCUUCAGAGGCAGGAGGUGCCUUAGAAAAUGCCAGACCACCUAGUGCUGAAGAACACAGAGGUUCCCUGGCCACCGUGGAGGAGCCCAGCGGCCAAGAAGUAACAGCAGUUCCGACGUCCUCGGAAGCAGGGGUGCUGGACUCGGCGGACAGCGAGUCCGAUGGGAGUUUCAUUGAAGUGCAGAGUGCUGUUAGUGAUGGUGAACUUGAAGCUGAGUUUCCUGAAGCUUCUACCCCUCCUUCUGAACAGGAAGAGGAAGGGGGAGGAACUGGGGAGGAAGUCCCUGGUGACACCGAGCGCCUCCUACAGGACGACUCUGGAAGCGAGAACCAGGACCUGGAGGCUCACAGUGAAGCUGGCGAAGAUGCAGAUGACUCCAAUGAAUGGCAAGAUAUUAAUUUGGAGGAACUGGAAACCCUGGAAAGCAACCUUUUAGCAGAGCAGAAUUCACUGAAAGCUCAGAAGCAGCAGCAAGAGCGGAUUGCUGCCACCGUCACAGGGCAGAUGUUUCUGGAAAGCCAGGAACUUCUGCGCCUGUUUGGCGUCCCCUACAUCCAAGCCCCCAUGGAGGCCGAGGCCCAAUGCGCCAUCCUGGACCUCACAGACCAGACCGCCGGGACCAUCACUGACGACAGUGACAUCUGGCUGUUUGGAGCCCGGCAUGUCUAUAGGAACUUCUUCAAUAAAGACAAGUUUGUAGAAUACUACCAGUAUGUGGACUUCCACAACCAAUUAGGAUUGGACCGGAGCAAGCUAAUAAAUUUGGCCUAUUUGCUUGGCAGUGAUUACACGGAAGGAAUUCCCACUGUGGGCUGUGUGACAGCCAUGGAGAUUCUCAACGAAUUCCCAGGGCAUGGCCUGGACCCGCUCCUGAAGUUCUCAGAGUGGUGGCAUGAGGCUCAAAAAAAUAAGAAGAUAAGACCGAAUCCUCAUGACACCAAAGUGAAGCAGAAGUUACGCAAGUUGCAGCUGGCGCCCGGCUUUCCUAACCCCGCUGUCGCCGAUGCUUACCUGAGGCCCGUGGUAGACGACUCCAAGGCUUCCUUCCUGUGGGGGAAACCUGAUCUUGACAAAAUCCGAGAGUUUUGUCAGCGGUAUUUUGGCUGGAACAGGACGAAAACAGACGAAUCCCUGUUUCCGGUCUUAAAGCAGCUGAAUGCACAACAGACCCAGCUCCGCAUCGACUCUUUCUUCAGGCUCGCUCAGCAGGACAGGCAAGAAGCCAGGCUCAUGAGAAGCCGGCGGCUGCACCGCGCGGUGACCUGCCUGCUCCGGAAGGAGCGGGAGGGGGCGGCCGGCCCGGCCCCGGAGGAGGAGCUCGGGUCGGAGCCGGAGCCGGAGCCGGAGCCGGAGUCGGAGCCGGAGCCGGAGCCGGAGUCGGAGGCGCCGGGCCCGGCCCCCGGGAAGCCCCGCAAGAGGGGCCCGGCCCAGGCCGCAGCCGGAGCCGGGGCGGCGCGCCCCAAGAGAGAGAGGCCGGGGGACGCAGGCGGCGGGUUUCUGGGGGACACCCACCUCUCCGAAUCGCCCCGCGCCUCUGGGGCUCCCUCUCCAUCUCCAUCGUCUCCGGGAGAGGAUGCCCCGGAGGUGUCUGCGCCGGGCACACCCCGGGCGAGAGCCGGGAGGACCCCGCGCAGCCCCAGCAGCUCCAGCAGCGAGGACGAGGGCGCCCACCCCGGGGCCCCCCUGGUGACCGCCGCGCCCGUGUUCCCGGGGAGGAGGAGGAGGAGGCGGAGAGGGAAGCCCCCGAGUGCAAGGGGAAGGAAAAGGAAGGCCUAGCGCCCGAGCCACGCGUCCCCUGCACCGGGGAGCCACCGUUUGUACUGAACUGAAAUGCAGCGGAAUGAAUUGACAGCGCGCACACACACGCCCAGAUGCCCGUCUCCACGGCGCUGCGCUUGCCCGCCGUGCCCGUGUCCACCGCAUCCCUCCCGCCACCCCGCCCUCGCCCCUCGGCGCUUCUCAAGACCAGCCUAGGCGGAGACUGUGUUGGCCAUGGUUUUAACCAGUACUCAGGAACGCUGAGUGCGGGAGCGGGGUGUCGGGGGUCCUGCUACCUGUGGGCGCAAACGGAUUUGGGCGCAGAGAGGGGCACUGGCGAGAGGUGGUCCCAUCUAGGUUGCCAAUCAGGAGCACCGGUCGGAAAGUCUUUGGAGCCCUCCUCUGCCCUUUGCCCCUCUGUGAGCUCCUUCCGGCUCCCCAGUGCCUGGCUCCCUUGCCAGCCCCAAACACCCCUUUGAUCUCCCCACUUGGGCAAGGUUGCCUGAAGCCUGCAUUGGUCAUACGUGGCCGUCAGCGAGCGUCCCUGGCUCCCCGACCGACCGACCGACCACCGGCGCUGCCUUCAGCGCCCAUCAGUUGUGCCUGCAAUUCCCCGACAGCUUUCUGAUAGCUGUCUAGCAGGAGUGCGCGGGCGUGCAUGCGUGCGUGUGCAAGUUCUAACAGAAGCAGAGGCCUGCUGCAGGUAUUAAGUCUAAACAAUUCUGAGUAAUUGAAAUGUGUACUGCCCUCAUCCCUUACACCAUCGUGGUUUGCGAGACAUUUUCAAUGACUCCUUGCAGAAGAUAGGUGAUAGCAAUAUUUUAAGAGCAGAAGACAGAUUACCUUGUAUACCAGAUACCCAGGUGGGCCUCGAACCCAUGACAAUAGUCACCAGCA